AUUUGGGACAUCCGCUCUCUGGAGUGUGUUCACGUCCUGCAGACCAGCGGCGGCAGUGUCUACUCCAUCGCCGUCACCAACCACCACAUCGUCUGUGGCACCUAUGAAAACCUCAUCCAUGUCUGGGAUAUCGAGUCCAAAGAACAGGUGCGAACCUUGACGGGUCAUGUGGGAACGGUCUAUGCUCUGGCUGUCAUCUCAACCCCGGACCAGACCAAAGUGUUCAGCGCCUCGUAUGACCGCUCCCUCCGGGUUUGGAGUAUGGACAACAUGAUCUGCACCCAGACGCUGCUGAGACAUCAGGGCAGUGUAACGGCCCUGGCCGUCUCCAGGGGGCGCCUGUUCUCUGGAGCUGUGGACAGCACCGUCAAGGUGUGGACGUGCUAAACAAAGGUUUGAUGCUGCGUCACGCCUCAGUGACUUUCUGUCUCCACUCCUGUUUCUUGGAUUGUGUCUCGCUCACCUCCCGGUGGCCUCAUCACCAGUGCAUUUCAGGACCCUGGUCUAGACUCAGUCACCUGGGUCGAGRUAAUACGAAAAGUUAUUUUUCUUUAAAACAAAGGCGACUGAAGUUCUUUCCUUGUUCGUCUUCUCGUCUGAGAAGUUUUCUCAUUUCAAACUGAAACGUGGAGUUCUGAGCUUUAAAACUGCAGUGCGUUGCACCAUUAAUACAAGCUGAACCCUUCCUCAAUGGGGAUCAGAUUUAAAACUGUGUUGUCUCUUUCGCACCAGGAAUAGGCAACACUUCAGGUAUUCAGAGUUGUAGUAGUAGAUCUGAAUAAGUAUUGGAAAAACCUGUUUCAAUUCAAUUCAAUUCAAAAAUACU